UGUAAAAAUCACCCAUGGAGCGGGGAAAUGAUACCAGUCGUCAAUCAGGUGAUCACAUUUGUCAAAAAUAGAAACAGCAAGUGAGGAUCCGUCAAAACCAUAUCUGAACAAACAAACACAGUUCAAGUGAAACUGAGUUUGAAUCGAAAACUAAAUUCCAACCUGGGGUAUGUAAACAAAAAAUUGGUAAAAGAUACUAGUAGGUCGUCUAAAUAAAAUAUCUGUCAGAGUCUUACAGCACCACCUUGUGGACCAACACAGAGUGCUACAGAAAGUGAAAUCACUUACCUCCUGCAGAAAAAUGUCCAGUAGACCCACAAGUUACCACUCCUCAUGUCUUGAUUCAAGGCCCACCUGGUAAAAGUGUUUGUACUAUCUAUACAAUAAUCAUGUUUUGCAUCAAUCUGAUGAAAGAUAACCAUGAUACCAGGGUAUUACAAGGAGGUUUUGUUGUUUGCACACUGUUGUGUAGUGGAAUAAUUAUCAAAGUGGGUCUAGUCCAAACUGAACAUUUACUUUACAUUAAACAGUUUACAAAGGUAACGGUGGUGAAAGUUGAAAACAUGCACUCCACAUCUCGUAUUCUUUUUUUUUUCUUCUCUAACCGGAAAACAAAGCGACUAGCACUUCCAAAUCAAAGCAUUUCCUGUCAAGGAUUACAAAAUUAAAUCAGUUACAACACACACGUGAUAGAGGGGAAGUAUUACAUUUAAAUCACACAUUAGGCAUUCAUUUGUAUAGUGACUCUUUUUUCUAGAAAGUUGAAGGCUUAUUGCGCAAAGAUGAAUAUGGGCCUCUUGCAGGCUAGUAUUGAAAACAAAAAAAAAAUCAUUUCCUUAACAUGUGACAACUUGUGACAACUUGUGACAACUUGUGCCAUCAUAGAAUUUAGCAAUAAGCAACACAAUAGGAGAAAACAUCUUCUGAGAGAAGGAUGGCAACUUUUUCAUGGAUAAGUGUCUGUCUUCUUUCUCUCACCCAGGCAGCUGCUGGAUUUCAGUCAUUUGAUAAUGUGGUUAUGUUUGCCUUACUUGAAGAUAGUAUUACCUUACCAUGUGGCAUACCCUCAAUCAAACACUGCUCCUCUGUUAACUGGAACAUGGCUGGAGAGUUUCAUGCAGUCACUGAGGUGGUGAAAGCUGGUAGGGUGACGGCCCCGAACACCCUCAGGGUAGCCCUGCUAAAAGACUGCUCUCUGAAGAUUGACCACCUGGUCCUCGAUGAUGCACAACUGUACUUUUGUGACAAUGGAGUGCUCAAUUCAAGUGUUUCGCUUCAGAUUCUUAAAAUUGUUGAGAAACCAAAUCCUGCGGAAAACACAAUUGAACUUCAGUGUUUCCUCAAUAUGUAUAGAGGAUAUGUUGCUUGUAACAACAAAGGGAUACAAAUCAAGUGGAUCACUGAUGAUAAUACAUCAUUAAAUGGGGAUAGAUAUACCUUCAAAUAUCCAUCUGAAUGCUUCUCUAAACUGAUCAUCACAAAAAAACGUACAGACCAUCACAGAAAUUGGAAAUGCCAGCUGACUCUGAAUGACAUGGUUAAAGCCACCAUCACUUAUACAACAACAUUAAAAGGUACCAAACUCCAUUUUACAUAUUCCAUAAAAUACAAUGUGUUUUACCACGCACAAAAUGUAACCAGAUCUCGGUUUACCUCAGAUGGCAUAGAGGAAGUGUUUACUGCAGUGAGUGAGUCAGUGUCACUCUCAUGUAGGAACACUUCCUCCCUCAGCGUGGGCGGCAGCGUGAAGUGGGCUGUGGGUGAAAGGACCCUGGCAGAUGAUAUCUUGCCUUACCAAACAGAGGCAUUGCAUUUGAAUAAAGACUCAUCACUCGUCAUUACCAAAGUCAGGGCUCUAAAUGCAGGAGACUACCAGUGUUCAGAGUCUAAAGAUGAGCAAAAGGUGUUGAACAAAAUCAGGCUGCAUACCCUUGAUGUUACUUCAGAGCUUGUGCCAGGAGGAGAUAAUCUCACUUUGACUUGUGUGCUCACCUGCGCUAAAGAAUGUGGAAAAGACUUCAAUUUACUUUGGUCUGGGGAAAGCUGGCAGAGCGGUUUAAUACAUGUCAAUAACACUCUUAUAAAAAAGCUGUUUCUCCCUGUGUUUUCUGUUACUGAUGAAUUCACUUGCUCUAUGCAAAGAGAGGGGGAAGUCAUGGUGUCAAAGAAAUGGCGCUCUACUGGCCCUCUGCAUACACCAGCAUGGGUAGCUGUUCCUCUUAUCCUCCUGAUGUGUUUAUUGACCGUUGGACUUUUCAUGUAUAUGAAGAGGAAGCAAGACAAGAAUACAGAAAAUGAACAGUCAAGUAUUGGAAUGUCUCAUGUUUAUGAAGUAAUUCAAGACGAAAAUAUUGAUGGACUACACCAGCAAACGCCCAUCGGAAGAGGAGUUGUCACCACAACGGACAGUUUCUAUGAUUUAUUACAGGCUGUAAAUUAAAGGUUAAUUGAACGUAUAACAAUGAUUGCAACCAUGCACUGUUUUAAAUCAGAAUACUUUCUUUUUAAUGAUCAUUGAGCAUCUGACAGAUAUUAAUUUAAAUUGGAUAAAGAAUUACAUGAGAUUUUUAUUUUCUACAGGCUUUCAUUGAAUUAAUACAGAUGAUUAGAGGAAUUAACAAAAACAGUGUUUUUUUUGUGUAUUUUUAACAUUCUACGUAAAAGCAGAGGCUAGCAUUUUUCAUGUUUCACAGUAUGUACAUUUUACAUGCUGCUCCAUAUACAGUACAUCUUAGUUUCUCUCCUUAGCAAGUCAAACUCGUUACAGGUAAGACAAUGUUACAUGUUUAUGAUGUGUAAAUGUCAGCAGGAGAAUCACAAUGACAAUCUUCUCUUAUGUCUUGAGUAGACUGAAAAUGACUAUAUUCAAACUGCAAUGAAGGAGAGAAUUGUGUCAUUUGUCUAUUUGGAAAUAAUGAGAGUUAAAGUUGAAUUUUAAAAGA